UCUUCACCCCUACGGAUUGAUUAGAGAUCUGAAAUCUGACGCUGCUUUUUUUUAUUUGCGGAGAAUUUACUUCCCGCGAGAUAAAGUCAAGCUUAAACUGAAAGAAAUCUAUGAAACGAAGGUGUGUUUUAGCUAGCCGCGGCGCUUGGAGUUAAACCGAAUGUCAAAAUAACUUUAUUAAGUGUUAUAAAGCGCUGGUCCCAUGGACAGCGAGUGUGUUUCAAUCCUGCCCCGGGUCUGUGAGGUGCUGGCGGCGUCAGGAAGCUCUUUGCCCGAUGACACCAGUCUGGAAAAACUGCUCGACUGGCUCACAACCAUCACGCAGACUGGCGUAUCUCUGCUGGAGGCCUGCCCAUGUCUGCUUGAUUUCCUAUCCAACGUAGCCCUCAACGCAGCCCCAGGCCCCGGCAUCCUUUCUUUCACUCUGAAACUCGCUGGCUUGAUCGGGGGUUCUGAGGACGGCUUUAAAGCGCUGGAGGAGUGCUCUGUGUUGGAGCUGGUCUUUGCUCCUCAUCACUGGCAAGAAUCAGGACUUUGGGAGGAUCCAUCCCUGCGGAUUGGCUGGAUCCAGGGCCUAAAGGCGAUUCUGCAGCACUCCAAAGCUCUCGGGUUUUUUGUGCAAGCAGAUCUCCUUGAACCCCUCCUGCAGCUUCAGACAGACUCAAGCCUAUUUGUGGCCUCGGCUGCCAAUCAGACGCUCGCUCACGUCCUGCUCCUCUGUCAGUCUCUGUCCUCUGUGGGGCGUGACGGCACGAAUAAAAGGGACGUAGAACACAACGGCGUGGGAGUGGAAACCAACCAAAAUUGCAGCGGCGUCGUCUCAAAGGUCUCGGAAUACCUCAACGAGUCUCUGGUCCCGAGGGAAACUUCCCGACUUCCUCACAGCCAGCAGAUCCUCAAACUACUGAGCCAGCUCCUGGUCCAGGUCAGGCCUCCUCUGCGGGAAACGCUGCUGCGGGCCGUCUUAGACUCCCUGGAGGAACUGGCGACUAAAAGCUGCAGUCAGCUCACCCUACCUCUGGUGGACGUCCUUCUAGCUGCAAACAGCAGCCUCGGUGACACCGACCGCAUCCCAAAGCAGCGGAUCGGCAAACUUCUGUCGCUCGUGUUGGACACGAAGAAGCCGACUGACGUCGUUCAGGCUGCAGCCGCUUUGAUGCGCAGCCGCCAGACAGAUCCCGACCACUCUGCCCACGCGGCUCGAGUCCUGCUGCUACCCCUGGACAUCGUUACUGGCGUCUCCUUGGUGGAUAAAGACUCCACAGAUGAAGAGCUUCGAAUUUUAAUGACCGAGCAGCUUCAGAGUAAAACCUGCGUCUCCAUGAUUUGCAUGUGUCUAACAAACAUGCCUCAGAUCACAGUAAUGGCUCCAGAUCGCCUCCCCUGUCCUCAGAGCCUAGUCGUCAGAGCGGUUCUGUCGCUGCUGAGGCUUUGCCGUGGGGACUGCUCGUCUUCGUCCGCUGGCUGCGUUGGCGUUUUCAGAUAUGUGACGGGCAGCAGCAAGGUUCAGAAAUGUGCCAUGGAGGCUCUGUCAGCGCUCAGCAAGAGUCCAGAGGUAAAGAUCGGGCUGGCUGAGGUCUUCAAACUUCUGACAGAAUAUCUGAACUGUCCUUUAUCUGAACCAUCUGUGCUCCAGAAGUCAUACAAGGUUUUAAUAAACUGGAUAGACGUCUGCACAGACCUGUCGUGCAUCUCAGACCAACUCAGAGAAGAUCUCACUCAGGCUGUGAGGAAGCGAGCUUGCGACACGCGCUGGGAGGCGAGGGACUCCACGGUGGAGUUUCUGGGUCACCUCGCCGAGGUGCGUUCCUGCCGGACGUCAGGCGGGGAGGAGAGAGAACCGUCCAACGCUCUCCUGGGCGGCCGCGCCUUUGCGGUUCCUCUCCUCAAGGAGGCGCUGCAGGAUCCAGAGAGCUACGUGAGAGCCAGCUCCAUCGCUGCACUGGCGCAGACGCUGACACCCAGCUGGCAGCAGGGGGCGCCGGUGACGCAGGAGCAGGUGGAAAUAGUGACCCGCCUGCAGGAAAUUCUCUCCCAGGACUCGGAGGGAUUCGCCAGGAGGGCAGUUGUGAAGUACUUCAUCGCCUGGUUCUCCUCCUGCUCCUCGCCCACUUCCUGCCCGCUCCUCGUGCAGCACGUGCCGGCCGUCCUCUCUCAGGGCGCCGCCGAUCUGGACUGGGAAGUCAAGCUUCACACGCUGGAGCUGGCGGAGCUGCUGCUGGACCGGGCCUUUCCAGACCCGGCUCCACCUCACCCCUACGCCGUGACGCCUGAGGGGCUGAUCCACGGCGAGGACGAGGAGUCCGCUUUGCUCGGCAGCUUGAACGGCGUGGUCGACCGGGGAGUGGUCUCAGCUUUGUUCUGCGGUCUGGUCGACUGCGACCGGCCCGUCGCUCUGAAGGCCUGCCAGCUGCUGCUAAGACUCCGAGCCGCAGUUUGCCCUCCGACGGCGAGCGCGGCGGACACCGGGGUUUCCUGCAAGCUGCCCGGACGCAGCUGGGCGCAGGAGAUCAGAAAGAUCCAGGGAACGAAUACGGACUCAGAGGGAGGCUCUGCCGUGGGUUCUGAAGCCCGCGGUGAGGCGGUGGAGGAAAGCAGCGUCGGUGUGCGUGAGGCGUUGAGGUCCCUGGAUUUAGACGAGAAGCUGAGCAUCCUGACUCAAAGCAGCGACCACGUCUACAACUCUCCUCUCUCUCUGCUGCAGGACAUCCUGACAGCCAGCACCGCUCACUCACAUCCCACCUCUGAACCGGGCCAGGAGGUCAUAGUGGACUGCUACUAACAGCCAGGCGCAGAGCAACACAACAUGUUGAUUUAAACACACACAAUGUAGUUUUAAAACCUUUCUUUUUUGGGACAUGGUUAUAUGUGACAAAGCUCAUUACUUAUUCAACCUACAACUCAGCUAAUAUUGUGUGUAUUUCACUGUUUUUUGGGUCCAGAUGUGUUGCUUGCAGCUGUGAUGGGGCAUAUUGUCCUUCCUGAAGAGACUUCCACCCGCCAAGGCUCUUGUAGUGCCUCAUCCAUGAGGGGCUAUAACGUUGAGGCCAAUCUGUGUGUACAAACACCAACAAGUAUGUUGGCAACCCUGGUAAAGAUGUGUAAAAAAAAAAAAAAAAGCCUUCAAAU